AGGGCCGCGGCGGCCGUGGAGCUGCCUACCGAGCCAAGCCGAGGAGGCGGACCGGACAACGCAGGGCCUGGCUUCAGCGCCCGGCGGAGCGCGGCGGUCAGCGCGGAGGACCGAGACCAGCCGCUCUGGGGCCUGCUGCCAUGUCUUCCACCGUGAACAACGGGGCGUCCAGCAUGCCCUCACCGCCCGACGCGGCCAAUGGCUUCCCGCAGCCAGGCGCCUCCUCGGGGGCUUGGCCGCGCGCAGAGGAGGAGCUGCGGGCCGCGGAGCCGGGCCUGGUGAAGCGCGCGCACCGCGAGAUCCUGGACCACGAACGCAAGCGGCGCGUGGAGCUCAAGUGCAUGGAGCUGCAGGAGAUGAUGGAGGAGCAGGGGUACUCAGAGGAGGAGACCCGACAGAAGGUCAGGACUUUCCGGCAGAUGCUGAUGGAGAAGGAGGGGAUGCUUACGAGGGAGGACCGGCCUGGGAGCCACAUCGUGGCGGAGACGCCGCGGCUGGACGAGGGCGCCGAGCCGGGCCUAGAGUACGCGCCCUUGGACGAGGACGACGGCCCUGUGGACUGCGACUGCCCGGCCGCCUGCUACCGCGGGCACCGCGGCUACAGGACCAAGCGCUGGUCCAGCAGCUCGGCGUCGCCGCCCCCCAAGAAGAAGAAGAAGAAGAAAGGCGGCCACCGGAGAAGCCGCAAAAAGAGGAGACUGGACUCUGAGUGCAGCUAUGGGAGCUCCUCACCCCUGCGCAAGAAGAAAAAAAGUGUGAAGAAGCACCGCAGAGAAAGGUCUGAUUCUGGGUCCCGGAGGAAGAGACGGCACAGAUCUCGAAGCCCCAAGAGCAAAAGAAAAGAAAAGAACAAAGAGAGGAAGAGGCCACACGCUGAGUCCCCAAGCCGGAGGUCCCAUCGCCACAGCAGCGGCAGCUCCCAGAGCCCCUCCCUCUCCUCCCACUACAGCGAUUCCAGAUCACCCAGCAGGCUGAGCCCCAAGCACCGGGAUGACGCGUGGAAGACGGGCAGCCAGCGGUCCAGCGGGAGCCGGUCGCCUUCCCCUUCCGGGGGCAGUGGAUGGGGGUCGCCCCAGCAGAACGGCGGUAGCAGGCAGCGGAGCGGAGCGCACGGGGGCCGCCCCCACUCGGCACACAGCCCGCCCGAUAAGCCCAGCUCGCCCUCGCCCAGGGCCCGCGACCAGGCGGAGGCCGGCGCAGCCACGCCGCCGGCGCGGGAGAAGGAGAGCCCGAGCCCCCGCUCGGCGCCCGCGUCUCAGGGCAGAGGAGGCCGCGCGGCGGGCGGGGCGGCCAGGCGCCGGCGGCGCCGGCGGCGGCGGCGACGGCGCCGGCGACGGCGCUCGCGGUCCUCGGCGUCCGCGCCCCGCCGCAGGGGCCGCCGGCGCGCCCGGCCUGCGCCGCCCCGGGGCUCGUCGCGCUCGCUCAGCAGGGCCCGCUCCAGCAGCGACUCGGGCAGCGACGGCGCCCCCGGCCCCGGGCCCGAGCCCGGCUCCGAGCGAGGCCACGGCGGGCACGCGAAACGGGCCAAGGAGCGGCCCCCGCGCACCCGGCUGGCCAGCACCUCCCCGUCCCCGGGCGCGCACGGCAGGCAUGGCGGCCCGGAGGGGAAGAGCUCGUCGCGCAGCCCGGGCCCCCACCCUCGGUCGUGGAGCUCUAGCCUCUCGCCCUCCAAAUCCCGCUCGCGCUCGGCCGAGAAAAGGGCCCGCAGCCCCAGCCGUUCGCCAUCACCCAAGAAGACCCUGGGCCGGGACAAGGACCCCGAGGGCCGUGCGAGGCACGCCGAGGCGGAGGCCGCCCGCGCCCGGCGCCGCUCUCGCAGCUACUCGCCCAUCCGCAAGCGGCGCCGGGACUCGCCCAGUUUCAUGGAGCCGCGGCGCAUUACCAGGUCCAGUCUGCCGAGUAGCCUGUGGCCAGCCUGGGGGCCGGGUGGACCCCUCCCCCCAGGCUGCAGGGGAGAUGCCCAUUGCCCGAAAGCGUCCCAUCCCUUACUACCGGCCCAGCCCCUCGUCCUCCUCCAGCUGCCUGAGCAGCGACUACUCAAGCCGAAGCCCCAGCCGCAGCCCCAGCCCCGGCCGCAGCCAUGGAAGCUACAGCAGCCACAGUCAUGGGACCCGCAGCCACUCACACAGCCCCUCCCGGACUCCCAGUCCCAGCUACCACAGCCGGAGCAGCUCAGAGAGUGGGGGCUUCUAAGUCCAGCCAGACCCAGCUUGGUGCCCCUGGCAUAGGGAGAGGCGAGGGGUCAGGACCCAGGGCUUGAGAGGGGGCUACACCCCACUGCUACAAAAUGGUCCUGGGGCCAGGGAAGACCUGAGGAUGGGGUUCCCCACAGACAAGGAGGAGCUGGGUUCUGCUGCUCCUAGAGGGUUCCUACGCCCACCUCCUGCCUGCCCACCAUGUCUAGGGAACAAAGAGCCGUUGUGAACACAGGGAUCACCCUGCCCCACUUCCUGCUUGAUGCCAGCUCACUAGGUUGAGGAACUCAGCUCAACGAACCCAGGGAGACCUCUGAAGGUGCCAGAUCUGGGGGCCUCCCUUCCCCACUGCACCAGGCCCUCAGCUCCCCUCCAUCACUGGGCAGACAAGGAGGUGGGACAGUAAGAGGAUCUAAGUUAUAGAUGGAAGGAAGAAUGGAGAAUGGCCUAACAUUUGGCGCAUGACCAUCCUACUGAGCUGACUGCAGGGGACCCUGACUGCCUGGAGCUGGAGGCUGGUCCACAGCCUCCCCAAACCUCUCCUCUGGCCCAGGAAUGCCCAGACUAGGUGGGCCCCUAAGCCCCAGCCUGAGGGGCCAGGAAGUCCACUCUUGGUCCCACCUCUCCUCUCCAGGUCAGGCUCUUUCCUCCAGUCUUCACUCUAUGCCCUGGGCCAAGACCACACGAGCCAGGCCUUCUGCAUGACAAGAGCUGGGACAUAGAGGUCACCACUGCAUUUGACCCUGAGACCAAAAGGUUUCAAGUCAGGAGUGACAGAGGGAUGGGGUAGACGGAACAGAGCAGGUGAGGAGGAAAGCAGUGCAGUCCCAUGACUGAGUGGGCCCAUGUCCCGUGUGCCCAGUGUCUGUGACACGUGCCAGAGGGCAGCACGGGGUCACGGGCACAGGAUGACAUGUGCUUCAGGGCCUGCUCAAGGGAGCACUUCUUCCUCAGGAUUUAGUGUGGAGGUGGUGAGCCAAGGCUUCCCAGAGAGGGGUGCUACAGCCUUCCAAGAAAGGGUAGGAUCGAGACUGAGGACCUCGCCUGGGGCAUCGAUGGGGAAGCAGUGGCCCCCAGCCCUCUUGUGCUGCUCCCAGCCCACUCCUCCUGGGGCCCUCAGGGAUCUCACAGUCUUCCUUGGCCCAAUAGGGCAGAUGCCCUGGGCUCCAGUGGAGGGGGGGGGGUUCUGGGGUCUGGUCCAGUUUCCCCCCUAUUUUUUCCUCUCUUCUCCGCGGUGCGGAUAAAAAUUGGACUCUAAUAAAACACUUGGUGCCCGGACAA